UCUCACACACUCACUCACACAGUCACUCAGACGCGCGCACUCGGCUCGCAAUACCCGGGGAGUUUUACGCAAAAAAAAAAACCUAUUGCGUCUCAGUCGCACCCAGCGGCUCUCACGCACGCGGUGCUUCUCGACUCGCGACUCGGGCAUAGAAGGCGGUUGAGCUCAGAGGGGCGAGGAGGAGAGAGACGCGCGCACACAGACGAGGGGAAGACGUAGAUCCGACGGGAAGCCGAUUCCGAUAUCAGACAACCCCGACUAUUUUAAACUGUGGCGGGUUUUUUUUCCAUUUAAAGCCAGAAGAGAGGGAAAAAAACCCACGCGCAUAAAUUGUCAUCACCGCUCACCGUAUAUAACCUAAUCCAUUCUAAUCCAUUCCGUGAAAGGCGGCCAGACCAACCACGUUUCGCUUGUUGGGUCUCCUGCAGAGACAAAAUUAUCGAUAUUAUUCAUUACGUAAAAUUCUCACGGGAGAGAUUGUUUUUGUUGUUGGUGGGUGGUUUUUUUUUACUCCCAAGGAUCUCUCUCCAGACCAUUUAUUAUUUGUGGCUACAACUUUGUCGUUGCCUACUUGAGAGCGUGAGCGGGGAGGGGAGGCGAUGAUUCCGCUACCGACGACGAGAAAACCUGCGCUCGCCUUCGUAGCGACGACGGCGAUGCUGUCGCUGCUGUCGCUGCUGCUGCUGCUGUGCGCCGAAGGAGCGAGCGCUGGCGAUUCCAGGGGCACCGCUGCGGACAGGACCUCUCAGCACCCCCUGGGCCACGACAUGGCCUCUGCGCACAUGUUCAAGCUCUACGACAAGUACAUGAAGGGAGGGAGCCGCUUCCUCGAGCAGAACACCAUCCGCAGCUUCAAGCCCGCAGUCGAGCUUCGAGACAAGGGCAUGAUCUUCACGUUCAACCUCACGUCCAUCCCCAACUCGGAGAAGAUCUUGGCCGCGUCGUUCCACUUCACCGCCGACGAGCUGAGCCCAGGCCGAGGUUCCUGGUGCCCCCACAAUCGCCGCUCGCCCUGCCUGGGUCCAAGGUCCGCGGAUCUCCUUCAGUUCGCCUUAUGGGGUUCUUCUUCAAGUCCCGGCCUUCCUCGUGGCUUCUCCUCAUUCCCCACCACUUCAUCAUCCUCCUCGUCAUCUUCCUCGUCCUCCUCUUCGUGGUCCUCCUCCCACGCGGGCUCCAAGGGCUGGCAGGUACGGGACGUGACCUCCCUGGUGAAGAACGCGAGGACGCGUGGAGACGCGCUCCUGUACGGGGAGGCGCGCCUCGCUCGCCGCCGAGACAUGCACAACGUGCUCUUCAACAUCAACAACAAUAUCAACAACAUCAACAACAGCGGCAGCGGCGGCAACGGCGGCCCGUGGGAGAACUCGCCCUACCUGCUCGUCUACGCAAACGACUCCGAGAUCCUGGAGCCCAACAGUGUGGUGACGACGCUCCAGCGCUACGGGCGCUUCCCGCUGCACGAGGAGCGCGUCCCGGCCGCGAACCGAGCGCACAACGCCACGGCCGCCGCCGCUGCCGCGCGACGCCGGCAGCGCAGAGCCGCGCUGCCCGCGUCCCUGCUCGACAACGAGCUUCCCGACGACGACGACCACCACCGAGACGUCGUCAGCCUGGGCCUCGCGGGUGAGGAGGACAACAACGCGAGCGAGGCGUCGUGGAGCGAGCGGCCACGCGGCGCUGCCGCGACGGCCGCGGACGCCGCGGAGGGCGGCGUCGGCUCGCCCGUGGCGAAGACGUCGUCCCGACGCAAGGCUUCGGCGUCGAGGAGACGCGAGGGGGAGAGGCGCAGGGGCAAGGCCACGUUCAGGAAGGCGGUGGCGGCGGCGGUGGUGGUGGGCAAGGGGCGCGGAGGAGCGGGAGCUCAGCAGCAGCAGCAGGCGGCGUCCCGAAUGCUGAGCUUUGACGAGCAGACGCUCCGGCAGGCGCGGCGGAGGCAGAUGAAGGAGCCGCACACGUGUGCCCGGCGUGCCCUCCGCGUGGACUUCGCGGACAUCGGGUGGAGCGAAUGGAUUAUCUCGCCCAAGGCGUUCGACGCACACUACUGCGCAGGCGUGUGUCGCUUCCCCAUGUCCAAGGCCGUGCGCCCGUCCAACCACGCCACGCUGCAGAGCAUCGUUCGCGCCGUGGGCAUCGUGCGGAACGUGCCGGAGCCGUGCUGCGUGCCGGAGAGCAUGUCCUCGCUCAGCCUCCUCUUCCUCGACCAGAACUACAACGUGGUGCUCAAGCUCUACCCCAACAUGGUGGCGGAGACGUGCGCGUGCAGAUAAACACGGGAGGGCCCGCGCGCUUCAGCAGCGUCGUCCGCCACACACGCACAUAGACUGAGAGAAGAACCCCCACCGCUCACACCUCCCCCCCCCCCCAACACCUUUCGCAUUCACAGAGACUGUAACACACACCCAGGGCAGAUGAUGAAUUGAUUCGUGGGAGCAGUGUUGGCCAUCACUGGCGCCCCAAGCCUGGAGUGGCCGUUGCGACACGCGCAUCGUACUCAAAGGUGCAAACGCUGCUCUUUGUUAAUUCAAUCGCAGGCGCGGUACAGCGUCAGGGAUUGACCCCAGACCUCCACUCAUUUUCUUUAGUCCAGUGGCCAGGCUGGGAUCACAACAAACUAUAGCCAUUAUAGACUCCCCCCCCCCCCCCGAUUGGCCAGCUACCAUGCCAUGCUGUUGCCGAUAGUGUCGGAGUGUUUUGUAAAGUUGAUCGCAAAGCUAAAAUGCAUCAUGUAGACAUAUAUAUUCGACAGAAAAGUAAUCUAGACCUGCACUGGUCCAUCACUGCAACAUGGUGUCAGCCAAUAUUGGCCCCAAUUUGCAUUUCCUGUAUUGCUUUCGCAUAGGGGUGAACGGUCAUGUUUGGUCUGUUAAGUGCAGCUCACCCCAAGUCUGGCACGGUGGCGAGAUGUUAACUACCUCGCCUGGUGUACAGGAGCUCGUGGGUUCGGUCCCAACCCUGACGCCUGCUGUAUAUUUGGAGUUUGCAUGUUCUCCCCCAUGGUCGCGUGGAGUUUUCUCAGCAUCCACGUGAUAAGUCACUGCGCUGAUGCUAUCAUUUGUGAUGCAUUCUGAAAAAGGAGAUGAAUAACUCAGUGGGCCUUACCUGAUCAAAUACAAAAAAAUAGUUUUAAUUUUUUUUUUUAGAGCUCAUAAGGCACGGAAAUGAUACACGCGGUGACUCACGGAGUACUGCGUGGGGAGGGAACUUGUCCUCAUAAAUCACAAAGAGCCGCGUGCCAUCGUUGCACGGAGCACACUGCGUCACAUCCCGCGUGUAGAUCGUGAGCGCGACGCCUGCUUUCAGGCCGAAACGCGGCACGUGUGUCUCGGUUCACUCCGGUCAGUCGUGUUUCAUCCAAAUAUAAACGACGCAGGCCGAUCACGUGGCUCCACUCGUUAUGUAACACGAUGCCUUUUUGAAUGAGUAACCAAGCUCGGGCUUACACGUGCGACGAGUGUUCCCGCAUUUCAACGUUUUCUUUUUUUGAUCCAUAUUUGUGAUAUUUUUUUUUAAAAAUGUCAAAGGUAUAAUUAAUGGCAUUGUAUAAUCCUGUAACGAGUAAAUGCUUAUUUUGACGUGACAGAGUCGCAUUGAGUGCAGGUGACAAAAGCUUAGUCGCGUGCAGAAUGACGUUAUCGAUGAACGAGAUCGCACGUGCCCACUACGCGCGUCAGUCAGACCUCUCUGUCGAUGCCAUCACGAGUAUAGGCGCAUUAUUUUCCCUUGGCGCGUCUCAGCAACAAGUUAUGCGAACAAAAAAAACUGAUCCCAAGACUCCCAUGGCACAGACAUUGUACAAUGAGGGUGACAAUUAUAACAGCACUUAAUAAUUUACAGCCCCUUGUCCAUCCACUGCCGGAUGAAGACAUCCUUCCCCAUGCUUUGUUGGUCACGUGGGUUGUUGGACCAUACUUCACCAUGCUGGUCAGUGCAGGUUUGUGAAGAUGGCGCCCGGGACCGGUUCGGCUAUCACACGGCCACGAAUCAUGGCCGUGAUUGUGAAAUUAAGCCAGGUAGCCGGGUUCCUAGUGCAGUGCGCUAACAACUGCAACCACCUCUCCCCAGACAGUCGAUGCUAUGGUCAAUCCAGACAAGACCAUCUACAACCAUAUUUUAUUCAGCUGAUUCACUGCUAAAAUCCAAGUCGCCUUCCUGGCUUCUGCUGCUAAGUGUGUGUGUGUCGGUGCAGACUUUAGCCUAAAGGCAGAGAGUAUUUUACAUAAGUUCCUAUAUAAGUUCAGCCACCAAUAUAGUGCAUAUAUAGUCGUUUUGAUCUUAUACAUAGGGUAUAUGUAAAGUCAGAUUUCAAAAGUAAUUCCUGUAAAUGCUUUAAAGAAGAAGUUAUUGAUCUUUGUCAAUCCACUGCUGGGUGAAGGCCUCCCCCACACCAUGCUGGUCAUGUUGGUCAUGUUUGACCAUACUUCACCACGCUGGUCAGUUCAGACUGGUGAAAAAAUUUGGCCAAGGACCGGUUUAGAUAUUACUCACCACUGAUCUUAGCCGUGACCGGGGAUUGAACUAAGAUCACUUGGUUCAUCGUAGCACAGCGAUCUAAAUCUCUGUGCCACUGCUCCCCGCAAAUACUUGGUAAUGGGGAAUAGGGCAUCAUUCCAACUAAGUCAGUGGUAAUAAGCAUUGGUCAAAGUGGCCAUAGCACAAUACCCACACUUCAAUAUCUCAGCGGCCAUGCACACUAAGUGCGUAUGCACGAGUACAUGUCGAGCAAAACGUGAAUGAAACGCUCCAACAUAAUUACUCAAUGCACGGUGUUUGUCUGGCAUGGACGGCCCUCUUGUCGAUCCACGUCUGCACGAGGGCCUUCCGAUGCAGGGGCGGCACGUGGGGAUCACUUCACCACGCUGGGCAGUGUGGGUUGGCCGACGGUGGGCAGCGUAGAUGUAGGAGCACGGGAAGUACAAUACAACAAUGGAUUUUUCUGCAUUGUCUUCAGCUGCCCACAAAGUACUCUCCCCCACCCCGCCACCCCCGCCGCAGCAGCCCUGUGGCAACCCGUGCAUGUGUGGUGAUGGUCACCCCAUGCGAACACGACCCAGACUUAAGCCGCCCUGCUUAGCGAACUUCAGAUAUUUGACACAGAUCGGGGCGCAUUCAGGCUCAUUCGGACAUUUAGCGGGACGCAAGAGGACAAGUCACGUGUCCUGCCGUUCACUAUCGGCCAACGCAAUCUCACAGCGAACACAACGUACACCAUCGAGCGGGCAUUUUUAUCGCACCUCCGAUUAGCGACGCUGGCUAACGUAAGGGUGCGAGAGAAGUUCAGCGUGCACACGUGCACACGUAGGCACACAACGCAGUGCAUUGUAACUUUGUUGCAGUGCUUAUGGAGUGGGGGGGGGGGGUCAGUAGAUCAAGAUCGAUGUCGGAAUGGUCAGUAAGAAGAAACACUUUAUAACAGUAUAAUACGUCUGUAUUUAAUGGCAAUGACUUGUUAUGUAUACGUUACCAAUAUUAUAUCGCAUUGGUUUUAUUUGUUUGAUUUGAUUUCAUAAUGAUAAGAAAAAUAAUAAUGUUUUUUUGUUUCCUUUUCACAAAUGUACAGCACGAAUUAAAAUAUACGCCUCGGUAAAUGUUAGGCGAUUAACAUUGACAUCUUUAUAAAUUAUUUAACCGUAGUAUUUUUUUCCUUCAGUUUUUAAGUUAUUAAAUUCAAACUUAGCGCGCGUCUGCUAAUAGUUUGCUAGCGUUGGUAAAAUAUUUGUAUUAUUAUUAUAAAUAUACACGAGAUAUACACGUGUCCAGUGCCCCCCACAUAUCGGCUCUCUCGAUAUAAGCAAAGCCCUCCCUUUGUCGAUCCACUGCUGGAUGAAGUCCUCCCUCCCCUUGCUGUGUCAGACAUGGGAGGGGUGCGGGGGGGGGAAAGGGAGUUGGUUGACCUGACCAUACUUCACCACACUGGUCGAUGCAGAUUGGUGUGAAGUGGCCUAGGGGUGGGUGGGUGGGCGGCAUGACCCAGUUUACUCUCCACUGAUGUUAUCCGUGAACCGGGAAUUGAACCCAGGUGGCCGGAGGUUCAUGGCACUCCGCGCUAUAAACAAUGUAAUCUGUGGAUGCGUUGCCAGGGCGUGAGACCGAGUUAUGUUAUGAUGACGGUGGUGUAUUUAAAAAUGUUACAUUUUGUACCGCUUUGGAAUCUCGAACGGUUUACCAAUUACAGAUCGCAUUAAAGUGGUAACUUUCCCUCCUGCCUGCACA